UCGAAUCAUUUUAGCUACACCAAAUCUAUUAUCCAGGUAAAUGCACGGACUGGCCCUCGUAUUUUUUCAGCAGUAACUAAAAAAGUAUUGGCUCACCUACUCUACUUUUCGCAGUAUUUCGCAUAUCAUUGUUGAGUUUUGAAUAUAUCGCCCAAAGAGCACUGCUUAGUAGCGUUUUUACCAGAACUAUGGCAUUUAAAUAUCCAGAAGUUGCAAGGGAUGAAUCUGUAGUGGAUGACUACUUUGGUACUCAGGUUAAGGAUCCUUACCGGUGGCUGGAGGAUCCAGAUUCUGAAAAGACUCAGGCAUUUGUAGAUGCCCAAAACGCCCUUACACGUCCGUACCUUGACAGUUGUCCCUACAAGGAGAAGCUCAGGGAACACAUAACUAAAUUAUGGAAUUAUCCUAAAUCCUCAAUACCAUUCCGUCAUGGGGAUAAAUACUAUCAGCACAGGAACACUGGUUUACAGAACCAAAGUGUCAUUUAUGUACUUGAUGACUUGAAAUCUGAAGGAAAAAUAUUUUUGGAUCCAAACACUUUUUCUGAUGAUGGAACUGUGGCACUGUCCAAUACUGCUUUUUCUGAAGAUGGAAAAACAUUUGCUUACGGUCUCAGUACUAGUGGAUCAGAUUGGAUUGAGAUCAAAUUUUUGAAUGUGGAAACUGGUGAAAAUUAUAAAGAAGUUUUGAAAAAAGUUAAAUAUUCAUCACUAACUUGGAUGCAUGAUAACAAAGGCUUUUUCUAUGGUGCGUAUUUGGAUCAAACUGGAAAAGCCGAUGGAUCUGAAACAAAAUCAAGUGAAAAUCAAAAGCUUUACUACCAUUUGUUAGGAACUGAUCAAUCUCAGGAUAUAGUUGUAGUAGAAUUUGAAGACCCUCAACUUAGAAUGUCUGCUCAUGUGUCUGAUUGUGGAAAAUACUUGGUUGUGACUCCCAUUAAAGGCUGCAAAAAUAAUUUAUUGUAUUAUGCUGAACUUCGAGAUGAUUACAAAGUUGAAGGAAAGUUGGAUUUGAAACCUAUUGUAACAGAAUUUAAUGCCGAUUAUGAGUAUAUUACAAACAACGAUAGAAAAUUCUACUUCCGUACCAACAAAAAUGCUGCUAAUUACAGAGUUGUUAUGAUUGAUUUGGAUAAACCAGAAGAAGAGGCAUGGGAAGACUUAAUACCAGAAAAUCCUAAAGAUGUUUUAGACUGGGCACAUAUUGUUAAUAAUAAUAUGUUGGUGGUUUGUUACUUAAAAGACGUGAAGAACGUAAUGCAAAUUCACGAUCUAAUAUCAGGCAAGAAAUUGUACGACUUUAAACUGGAUGUGGGAACGAUUGGAGGCAUUUCCGGAAAGAGAAAACACACUGAAAUGUUUUACAGCUUUGGUUCAUUCCUCACACCCAACAUUGUUCAUCAAGUUACCUUUGAUAACGAUAAAAUUGAAGAUACGGUUUACCAUGAGACAAAAGUGGGUGAUUUGGACCCAUCAAUCUAUGAGACUCAGCAAGUAUUUUAUACCAGUAAAGAUGGAACAAAGAUUCCAAUGUUUAUUAUUAACAAAAAAGGUUUAGUCAAAGAUGGAACUAAACCAUGCUUGCUGUAUGGAUAUGGAGGAUUUAAUGUUAACUUAACUCCGUCUUUUGGUGUCUCCAGACUAAUAUUUAUAAAUCAUUUUGACGGCAUUUUUGCACUAGCUAAUAUUAGGGGCGGAGGUGAAUAUGGUGAUAAUUGGCACAAUGGAGGCCGCUUUGAAAACAAACAAAACUGCUUUGAUGAUUUCCAAUAUGCAGCCAAAUAUUUAGUAGAACAAAAAUACACUAGUGUAGAUAAACUAACAAUUCAGGGUGGAUCAAAUGGCGGAUUAUUGGUGGCGGCGUGUAUAAAUCAAACACCCGAACUUUUUGGUGCUGCCAUAUGCCAAGUUGGAGUCUUAGAUAUGCUGAGAUACCAUAAAUUUACCAUUGGUUAUGCUUGGAAGUCUGACUAUGGGUGUUCUGAAGUUGAAGAUCAAUUUAAGUAUUUAUAUAAAUACUCACCACUUCACAAUAUUAAAGUUCCAGAAAACGGUCAAUAUCCAUCAACUUUGUUACUGACAGCAGAUCAUGAUGAUCGUGUAGUACCUUUGCAUUCUUUGAAAUUUAUUGCUCAACUCCAACACCAAGUUGGGAGAGCAGAAAGCCAAAAGAAUCCACUUUUGAUUCGCAUUGAAACAAGAGCAGGACAUGGUGCAGGAAAACCAACUUCCAAAAUCAUUGAUGAAGUAACUGAUACAUUCUGCUUCAUUGGUAGAUCCUUGAAUUUGAACUUUAAAGACUAGGUUUAAAGAUGGAGUUAAACCAAAGUGUUCUUAUAUUAUUGUACAAGUUUUCUAAUGUUCAUGUUGUAUUAUCGCCAAAAUGUAAUUAUUGUAUAAAUAAAUCCAGUGACAUUUAACAAA